AUGCUCCGAAGCAGAGUGGGGCGACUUUCCCCUCGCGUUUGCUCCAGCUACAUCAAGAAUUCCAACUAUGUCCGCAGUAGAUGCACUGGGCUGCAGUGGGGGAUAAAUGGUAGCAUUGUAUCAAGAAAGGCGUUCCAUGCAAGAUGUGCACUGCAUGAAGAAUUGAAUGCGCACACAGAGUCUCAACAAUUGCUAGAGCAGUAUAAAGCAUCCGUUGAAUUUCCUCCUGCCACAUAUGACUUCGAAACGUUUCUCUCGCAAGCAGCCCCGGAGCAAGAAGUGGUUUUGCAUGGAUAUCUGGGAGAUCGCAAAGAUCUGUCUAAAAAAUUAUCAUUUGUGCGCUUGACCGACCCGACUAUGAAACACAGCAUUCAGAUUGUGUCGUUAGCAAAGAACGGGGCCUUGGAGAAGCUCAAGACAAUCCGGGCAAAUAGUCCCGUCGCAGUCCGAGGGAAAGUUCAGCAGAAACAGGCAAAAGGGGCUGAAAUGGAGAAGACCGACCCUUGGGAAAUUCAGCUGGAUGAUAUCCAACUCCUGAACGACUUUCCAAAAGACAUUUUCAUGAAGUCCGACACAGUCUUCGCUCCCAGGCACAGAUACCUACAGCUACGAGCGGAUAGUGAAUUGCGUGAAGCACUUCGAUUCCGAGCUCAAGUACACAACGUUUGCAAGGAAGAAUUAGAACAGUGCCGUCCUCCUUUCGUGGAAAUCGAGACGCCUCUUCUUUUCAAGUCAACUCCUGAAGGUGCUCGUGAAUUUCUAGUGCCGACGCGGAAGCGGGGAUUAGCUUAUGCGUUGCCCCAGAGCCCGCAGCAAUAUAAGCAGAUCCUGAUGGCAAGUGGGAUCCCUCGAUACUUCCAGUUUGCGCGCUGUUUCCGAGACGAAGAUCUUCGUGCUGAUAGACAACCAGAGUUCACUCAGCUUGAUUUGGAAAUGUCUUUUGCUACCGGUGAGGAUGUUAUGCGGACCGUCGAGGGUGUCAUCCGCAGGCUUUGGUCCACAUUAUUGAGCGACCCAGCUCCAUCGGGACUAUUUCGAAGAAUGGCUUACGAAGAAGCAAUGAGUCGCUAUGGCUCAGACAAGCCCGACACCAGAUACGGGAUGGAAAUCACACGCAUUGGUCAUCUCCUUCCCGCAGACCUGGUCAACAAAAUUACCCCAUUACUGGAUCCGAUCGUGGAAGUUUUCAAAUUGGAAAACAACGACAACGACCCUGUCGCUAUGGCGCAAUUCAUCACCCAAUUUCUGGACUCCCCAGCGGGAGCGCCGUUCAACGACAACCCAGAAGGGGGCCCAGGAGUUUUUGUAUACGACGCAAAGAAGCCUCUUUGUGGCCUACAGCCCUUCGGUUUCGAGGCUGCCGAAUUCUUAGAAGACCUCUUGGUACCCGAUCAUGGCGACUUAAUCAUUCUUCAGGCCCGCAAACAAGCCCCUUUCGCUGGGGGCUCCACUCCCAUAGGUGACCUUCGCCGUGCCCUCCACUCCGCGGCAGUUGCCUCCGGAUUCAAACCCGCACCCACUGGAUUUGACUUCCUUUGGAUCGUGGACUUCCCUCUCUUUUCCCCAUCGUCUGAUUCCGAACCGGGCCAAGGCGGCGCCGCCGGUAUCUCUUCCACUCAUCACCCGUUCACUGCACCCAAGAACGCAGCGGACGUCGAUCUCCUCCUAACGGACCCGACCAAAGUUGUAGCGGACCACUACGAUCUCGUCGUCAAUGGUGUCGAGCUAGGCGGCGGCAGUCGGCGUAUCCACGACGCAGCGGUGCAGGAGUUCAUCCUGCGCGACAUUCUCCAGAUGCGGUCCGAGCGGCUGGCCGACUUUGCACAUCUCCUCGAGGCACUUCGCGCCGGUUGUCCCCCCCAUGCCGGCCUGGCGUUGGGAUUUGAUCGUCUUGUUGCCGUCAUGCUGGGAAAGGAGUCGGUGCGCGAUGUGAUUGCUUUCCCAAAGAUCGGGAAGAGCGGCGAAGAUCCAAUGGUCAAGGCACCUAGUGCGAUAACCGAAGAAGCGUUGAGCACGUAUCACCUUCACCUAAGGGGGGAGUAA